AUGGAUUAAAUAAACAAUAAAUUUGAAGAAUUGCAUUCGCUUAAGAGAUUUAAUGCUUUGGAUUGUAAUUCUAUACUUAUUCUAAUAAGGAAAAAGGAAGUGUUAAUAACACUAGGAUAGAUAUUGAGAUUAUGUGAAAAUCUACUUAAUAAAGUUAUAGAUUUAUAACAAUAUAAAUUAGAUCAUUAUUAUUUAAUAUCUAAUAGAAUAUGGUUAAAACUUACUUAAAAUAAUAAACUACUCACUAUUGCUCAUGAAGACAUUGAAUAUUAAAUUGUAUUUACAGGCUUUUAAUGUCCAAUCUUUGAGAAUUAAUAAAAUAAAUAGUCGGCCUCUACUUCUAUUAUACAAAUAAUGAUAUAAAUAAUUAAUGUCUUUGAAACAAACUUUCAUCAGUUUUGAUACAUUUAAUAUUUGAAUUAAUCAAUUUUUCACAUUCUAUAUCAGCAAAAGGAUAUUUAUUAAGCAUAAAAUUGGAUAAGACAAUUAUAUUGAAUAUAUUAUUCUCAUUAUAAUUAUAACGAUUAUUGUAUGGAGUUUCUAAAAUAAAAUAAAUAUCGAAAAAACUAUGGAAUAUGGGAUAUCAAAACUAUUUUAUACAAUUUUGCAUCAUUUUAAUUUUCAUGAAGGUUUUUUUAAAGAGGAUGUGAUUUUAGGAUUAAUAUCAAUAAUUGGUGAAAGUAUAAAUAAUAUCUAAUUUAGUUGGCAUUUAAUAAUUUAUUAUGUUUGGUUGUAUUUCUCCCCAAGGAUGA